CUUGCCGAGUUUUACACACUGACAGUACUCUAGGCCUCCGUUUACAUGAGCUGAGAGACCAAAAUUGUGCUGGGUUUGGGUUCAUCUCAUUUCUCCGUGUUUGUUAUUUAUAAGGCAGAGUGAUCCACUCAAUAUGGGUAGGAGUUGGUCGUCAUAUCUCCGUCAAAGGAGGACUGGUUUGAAACAUUUGCUUUGCGACUGUAUUAUCUCUUUACCGCGUGCCUCAUUUAUCUUUGGUAUGAUUUUCAGCCGUGCCUUCGUUGAAUAUUCGGUGAUUAAUUUGUUGAUAAACUAUCUGACACGUUGGUGGGCGAGGCCAAAUCUUUCAAAAGCCACAGCGGUUGUAAAUAUGCAAGAUGGUUUAUCAUCAAUUCAGGUGAUUUUUCUUGCUUACAUAUCACAUGUCUGGAUUGGACGUUUUCGAAUGGUCGCGCUCACCACUCCGCUUUAUAUCAUUGGAUUGGUGGUACUAUGGCUUCGAGAUCGGAAACUAACUGAAAGUAGGCUGUUCUAUGUGGCACUGCUGCUAAUAGCUUUGGGUACUGCAGGACUCGAAACGCCUCUAUUUCAAUAUUUUGUUGAUGAGAUAAAAAAGAGUGAGUCUAAGAAGCGCCGUAGAGAUGAGGAAUUAAGGAAUAUGUCUAGAAAAACAAAAAUAGAUGAGGGAGGGGAUAUGCAGGAAAAAAAAAAAAUGGAUGAGGAAGAUGAUAUGCCCGAAGAAAAAGAUGUGGAAGCCAUCGUCGAAGUCUGGUGGCGCAUGGCGCGAUUUUCAGGAGCUACCUUAUCUACAUUUACGCUUUCAAAAUAUAAUUAUUCGUGGGCAUAUGCGUUCAAGGUGUCAGCAAUUACCAUGGGCAUAGCAUAUGUACUGUUCUGCUUUGGUUUUUUCCUAUUUCAAUGGUUAGACAACAAAGCUGCUAUUGCGGAGUCUGGAAAACAAGAAAAAAGUAAAAGCGAGGUUUCCACGUUGAAUAAGGAAAAAAAAGUUUUAUUAAGAAUGAUACCUAUAUGGUUAACCUUCCUUGUGUACAGUCUGGUGGGGACAACCGGGACUACUUUCUUCAUUGAGCAAGCUACCAACUUGAAUUAUGAAAUUGGGAAUGGAUACAAUGUUUCAGAAAACAUUUUCUUUUUGUUCAAGUCCUUCUCAAGCUUCAUUUUUGCUCAUCUGUGCAACUUACUAAUCGAAAAGUUCCGCGAUAGACGAACACAACAUCAUUUUACGCUCUUGAGAAUUGGUUUGGGGAUGGUGAGUUGCAUAUUAUGUUGCAUCACUGCAAUGCAGGUUGAGAUUCGGAGGUUGCAUUUAGUUACGGAAGACGGAUUGGAAGACAACACAGUGGAUACUAUUUCUAUGAGCAUUAUGUGGUUAACUCCACAGUACUGCUUGUUGGGAGUUAUGGAAGGACUUGCCGGAGAAGGGCUCCAAACAAUUUUCAAAAGUCAAGUUGCCGAUAAGAAACCUGAAUAUAGAAGCUACGGUCAGGCGUUCACCGACUGUGUAUUGGGCAUUGGGAAAUUCAUUAGCAUAGGCUGUGUCUUCAGUUUCAAAAUCUGGUUCGGAGGCAAUGUAAAUAGGAGCCGUUUGGAUCGCUAUUACAAAAUGUUGAGUUUUCUGUGUGUUGGCAACCUAUUGUUCUACAUUUGCGUUUCAAUCUGGUAUUAUUGGAAUAAAGUUCCAGCGGGAAAAGAAGAAGACUCAAACUCAAAAGAGGAGAACGGAUGUUUAGACAGCUUUGUAGAUGCUUGUACACAAGCUUUUAGUUAAUGGAACCUUGUGCAAUCCAUGGUUAUCAUAAAGUUGUGAGGGUGUUCCAUACAUUCUGUAUAAUUAUGGUGACUUCGGGUGUUUAAUGUAUUUUGUUGUUUGGUUAAAAAAAACGGAACUUAUCUA